AUGGCUGACCAAGCAGGACAGCCCAUCGACAUUCAUGCCCUUGAGAAAUUCCUUACUCAGGCAUUGCCUCAGAUCCGACCUCCUUUCCACUUUCAAGUGGGACAAUCCAAUCCAACCUAUAGAAUUACGGACUCCGGUGGAAUAGCGUAUGUCCUGCGAAAGAAACCGCCUGGAAAGCUCCUCUCCAGGACGGUCCAUCAAAUCGAGCGGGAAUAUAGAGCGCUCUCUGCAUUCCAGGGAACUGAAGUCCCAGUCCCAAAGACCUACUGUUUGUACGAAAAAGAUGAUGUUCUCGGAACCCCAUUCUACGUUAUGGAGUUUCUGGAUGGUCGGAUCUUCACCGAUUUCACAAUGCCUGGGGUGAGUCCCACCGAGAGGAUAGCCUUGUGGAGAGAUGCUGUACGAGUGUUAGGCAAGAUUCAUACCACCAAUUACCAUUCAGUCGGGCUACAGAGAUUUGGUAAGCAAGGAGGCUACUAUGACCGUCAGCUGUCGACGUUUACAUAUCUAUCCCGUGCACAAGGAAAGGUGGAAGAUCCUUUGACCAAGGUCCCUGUUGGAGAGUUACCGCAUUACACUGAAAUGGUCGACUUUUUCUGUCGUCAUGAGCCUCGGCCCAAGGAUCGGCAUACCAUAGUGCAUGGUGACUACAAGAUCGAUAACUUGAUCUUCUAUCCCACUGAAUCACGGGUAAUUGGGGUCCUUGACUGGGAAAUGGCGACUAUGGGCCAUCCCCUUUCGGAUUUUUGCAACCUCACGCAUCCUUAUUUCUGGGAUGGCCUGAACCAGGACGUGGCAAUGUUUCGUUCUGGGAAGGUUGCAGGAUUGCCUAGUCGCGCACAGUGCUUACAGUGGUAUGUCGAGACUGCAGGCUGGGACCCCGAACCAGAUCUUUGGUGGGGAGAUGCAUUUUUUGCAUUCAGAACCACUGUUAUCUUGCAGAGCGUAGCCGCCAGGCAUGCCGAGCGGCAGACAAGCAGUCCGGACUCGGUAAAAUAUGCCCUGAAAGUAAAGCCAUCCGCGGAGGCUGCCUGGGAACUAGUGAGGAAAGCAAAGCUUAAACCUAAGUCUGGGAGAUUGUGA